ACCUCUCCACAAGACAAGCAUUACCAAAGCGAUUGUUCUCUACAUCUUACCGCACCAUGACUCAAUACAGGACAGAACGCGACACCUUCGGCGAACUCCAGGUGCCUGCAGAUCGUUACUGGGGCGCUCAGACCCAAAGGUCACUGCAAAACUUCGAUAUCGGUGGACCCACAGAGCGUCUACCCCCGCCACUCAUUAAAGCAUUCGGGGUAUUGAAGAAGGCGGCCGCAAUUGUGAAUACAACUUAUGGGCUGGACCCAAAGGUCGGAGAGGCUAUUCAGAAGGCGGCAGAUGAGGUCAUUGCCGGCAAGCUUAUCGACCACUUCCCGCUUGUUGUCUUCCAAACUGGUAGUGGCACUCAAAGCAAUAUGAACACAAAUGAAGUUAUCUCAAAUCGUGCAAUUGAGUUACUUGGCGGCGAACUUGGAUCAAAGAAGCCUGUGCAUCCCAACGACCAUGUUAAUAUGAGCCAGAGCUCGAACGACACCUUCCCGACCGCUAUGCACGUUGCCGCUGUCAUGGAAAUAAGCAACUCUCUGUUACCUGCUUUGACCGAACUCCGAGAUGCUAUGGAGGCAAAACGUCAAGAGUUUGACAAGAUAAUUAAAAUCGGCAGAACGCAUUUACAGGAUGCUACCCCACUUACCUUGGGCCAAGAAUUCAGUGGUUACGUUCAACAGCUGACAAAUGCUAUCGAACGCGUCAAGGGUGUUCUACCCCGGCUGAGUCUCUUGGCACAAGGCGGUACAGCGGUCGGCACUGGUCUAAACACCAAAAAAGGCUUCGAUGUUAAAAUAGCCGCGGAAAUCUCUAAGCUCACAGGCCUCGAAUUCAAGACAGCACCGAACAAAUUUGAGGCCCUCGCGGCUCACGAUGCAUUGGUUGAAGCCCAUGGCGCCCUCAAUGUUGUCGCAGUCUCGUUCAUGAAGAUUGCGAACGACAUCCGUUUCCUCGGCUCCGGUCCGCGCUGUGGACUUGGUGAACUGAGCUUGCCAGAAAAUGAGCCCGGAAGCAGUAUCAUGCCAGGCAAGGUGAACCCCACUCAAUGUGAGGCCUUGACGAUGGUCGCCGCCCAAGUGAUGGGGAACCAGACGACCGUCAGCGUUGCUGGAUCGAACGGACACUUCGAGUUAAAUGUCUUCAAGCCGGUGAUCAUCAAGAACGUAUUACAGAGCAUUCGUUUGCUCGCGGACGGGGCUCGAUCGUUCACAAGCCACUGCGUUGUGGGCAUCAAGGCCAACGAAAAGCGGAUUAACCAACUGCUCAAUGAAUCACUGAUGCUUGCUACGAUUUUGAACAGCCAUCUGGGUUAUGACAACGUUGCAAAGUGCGCAAAGAAGGCUCACAAAGAGGGAACGACACUGAAAGAAGCGACUGUUGCGCUUGGCUUCCUGAAGCCCGAGGAAUUUGAUGCCAAAGUGCGACCAGAGCUGAUGUUGUACCCCGACGAAGCAUAGGAGUAGCUCAAGUGUAGUAUUAGGGUAGUUUACAGUGCAGCACACAAGUAGACUUCGGCAUGUGAAAAGUAGC